AUGUCUCGAUCCCAUGGAUCCGUGGACCCCGGCGCCGCGCUCGAGCGUGCCCUGUUUUCCCUCUCCGUUGUUUUUCCCGUUUUCCUGCAGCAAAGCGCGUUCCUGCAAGCCAAGUGCGAAGGGGCCGGGAAAGCAGUUGCUGUGAGCAGAGUCAAAUGCCGAGGGGGAGAAAACAAAUCCGUGGGCAGGGAGCUGCACCCGCGGGACCGCCCGGCCUUGCUGUUCAACGGGCUUUUUUGUGCCCUUCGCGAAAAAGAGACGGCGGAAAAAAUAGGUUCAGCGGCGGGGCUGUCCCGCGGCAAGCGGGAUCUAACCAAGAAUAAGGACGGUGAGAAGAAGCAGCUCAGAGAAGAUGAGGAAGAGGAGCCCGUCAGGCACAAGGAGCUCCGGCUGCGGAACUACGAUCCCGAGGAUGAGGAGCUGAAGAAGAGGAAGGUGCCACAGGCCAAGCCAGCCUCAGUGGAAGAGAAAGUGAAGGAGCAGCUGGAGGCCGCCAAGCCGGAGCCCAUCAUCGACGAGUGUGACCUGGCGAACCUGGCGCCCAGGAAGCCGGACUGGGAUUUGAAGCGAGACGUAGCCAAGAAGCUGGAAAAGCUGGAGAAGAGGACGCAGAGAGCCAUCGCCGAGCUGAUCCGAGAGAGGCUGAAGGGCCAGGAAGGGGAGCUGGCGUCGGCCGUGGGCUCCGCGAAGCAGGACGGGAGCGACUCCGAGUGA